AAACUCUAUGCUCCGUCCGUCGCUUCCGCUUCCGGUCCAGGGGGCUGCGGCUUGAAGGGAGGGCGAGGCUUGAGCGUCCUCUCAGUCUGCAUAGAGGCGGAUCGGUCGCCGAAGGAAGCGGAGGAGGAGGAGAAGAAGGGUACAGCUUUCAUGACAAAGCAGAGAAGGUCUCCGAUCUCUUCAUGGGCUGUGCUUGGUGAAAACAAGAUCAUUCUUUUUUGAAACCUCCUACGUUUCUGCUCUCGCUUGGAGAAGGGCAGGAUGUGGCACGAAGCCAGAAAGCAUGAGCGGAAGCUCCGUGGGAUGAUGGUGGAUUACAAGAAGCGAGCCGAACGUCGACGAGAAUAUUAUGAAAAGAUAAAAAAGGAUCCAGCCCAGUUCUUGCAGGUCCAUGGCCGUGCGUGCAAGGUCCACCUAGAUUCUGCUGUGGCUCUUGCGGCUGAAAGCCCUGUGAAUAUGAUGCCAUGGCAGGGGGAUACCAACAACAUGAUUGACCGCUUUGAUGUACGAGCUCACCUGGACUACAUCCCCAUGUAUACUCCUCCACUCCUGAACCCAAUCUCCCCAGAACAGGAAUCUGAUGAAAGGAAGUGCAACUAUGAAAGGUAUAGAGGUUUGGUGCAAAACGACUUUGCUGGCAUCUCAGAAGAGCAAUGCCUCUAUCAAAUCUACAUCGACGAGCUGUAUGGGGGCCUCCAAAAACCAAAUGAGGAUGAAAAAAAGAAGCUAGCAGAGAAAAAAGCCUCCAUUGGUUACACGUAUGAGGACAGCACAGUGGCUGAGCUUGAGAACCCAUCUGAGAAACGACCUGAGGAGGAAGACUCUGAGGAAGAUAGCAACACAGAUGAGGAUGAAGUCAUUCCUGAUAUUGAUGUUGAGGUCGAUGUAGAUGAGUUGAACCAGGAACAAGUAGCUGACCUGAACAAGCAGGCAACCACCUAUGGAAUGGCCGAGGGAGACUUUGUCCGGAUGUUGCGGAAGGACAAAGAGGAGGCAGAAGCUAUUAAACACGCCAAAGCCUUGGAGGAAGAAAAAGCCAUGUACUCGGGUCGCCGCUCUCGGCGACAGAGGAGGGAAUUCCGAGAAAAACGCUUAAAGGGAAGGAAAAUCAGUCCUCCGAGCUAUGCUCGGAGAGACAGUCCCACCUACGAUCCCUACAAACGCUCACCCUCUGAAUCCACGUCCGAGUCCCGUUCUCGCUCCCGCUCACCUUCCCCGGGUCACGAGGAGAAGAUCACUUUCAUCACCAGUUUCGGGGGCAGCGAUGAGGAAGCAGCAGCCUCUCAAGCUGGAGGAGCCCCCAGGAAGGCCGCCUCCCUUGGCAAGGCACGCUCCGGCCAAGUGCAGCAGGGCAGCGCUGCGGCAGGUCAUAGCGCCUCCUCCCGACGACGCUCCACCUCGUCUUCAUCCUCCACGUCAUCGACCUCUUCGUCUUCAAGCUCACGGUCCAGUUCACGGUCCCACCGGGCCAGUGGGUACCAUAGAGCCAGCCGUUAUGGCCACUCACGCAGCCACAGGUACUCCCGUUCCCGUAGCAGGACCAGGCGGUACUCAGCAGGAGGCUCACGUGAUGGCCACCGUCACUCCAGGUCACGUUCAACAGAAAGGGGCUGGCGAUAUGGCUCCCGCCGGAGGUCUAGGAGCCAUUCCCGGUCUGGAGAACGUUAUCGGUGGAGCAGUGGCAGAGGAGGGAGGCACUGGAGCAGCAGCCGCAGCAGUCGGAGCGAUAGCGAAUUGCGAAGCCGUAGCCGGUCAGCGUCUCCAGCAAGAGAGAAACAGCUGAGGCCUGCGGCUUCCCCUGCUGUAGGGGAAAAACUGAAAAAGGCUGAAACUCCUGGUGGUAAAGAGACAGGAGCUGCCAAACCAAAACUGACCCCACAAGAGAAACUGAAACUGCGCAUGCAAAAGGCACUUAACAGGCAGUUUAAAGCAGAUAAAAAAGCCGCCCAGGAGAAGAUGAUGCAGCAGGAACAUGAGAGACAGGAGCGAGAAGAUGAGUUGCGUGCCAUGGCUCGGAAGAUCCGGAUGAAAGAGCGCGAGCGUCGGGAGAAGGAGCGGGAGGAAUGGGAACGACAAUAUAGCCGCCAGAGCCGCUCUCCUUCCCCACGUUACAGUCGAGAAUAUAGCUCUUCAAGGAGGCAUUCACGGUCCCGAUCUCGGAGCCCUCACUAUCGUCACUAGGGGUCAUUCCUGGUGCAUUGUUGUGUUGGCAACCCCCUCCCCUAUUUCAUCUGGCCCCUUGUAACCAUGCUGUGUAAUAAUGCUGUAUAUUGCUGGUUUUGAUUUUAGGUUGUCAAAAAAAUUAAAAAUCCUAAAAAAAAACCCCAAAGUGGCCUUCUGAC